AUGAAAAUAGAAGCCAAAACCAACUCAAAAAGGGCGGUGGAUGAUCUGUGGACGGAUUUCGCCAAGGUGAAGCGCGUGAGCUUCUACGGACAGGGAACUGCUACCGUGAAAGUCGUCACGAUUGCCGAACUCUUUAAAAGACGAUGCGCGAGCGAGAAUGUUCGUGUUCAUCAAGUGACCAAAGUAGAUUCUCCUUCACCAAAACCAACGGAUCUGCUUUCACUAGUCACAGACGCUGAGGAACAAAAAAAAGAAAUUCCCUCCCUGCGUGUGGAGAUUUACGCUGAAGGUAAUGAGUAA